AUGUCUACUACUGCCGCCCAGGAGGAGUUCCAAGACUUGCUCUCCAAGAACGCAUCCGACCCAAGUGACCGAAUCCACCCCGAAGACCGUGCUGAAGAGUCUCUCGAGGCCAAGCUACGAUCAGAAGACCAGACCGAGGAAGACCGCCACAGAGCCGCCCAGAUAGACGCCGCCAUGCGUAUGCCUGCCUUUGGACAGUCCGGCACCGUCGGUGCCGACAUCAAGCUGCCGCCCGCAUCCUUUGACUCGGGCCGUGCCACCGGUGUCAAGGGGGUGAUCGCCGACGCCCGGAGCUAUGAGCAGGCGAGGAAGUCUACGUGGAUGAACCGCGUGAGGCAAGCGAGGAGGAGUGUCUUUGGCUUCGAAACCACCAACACCAUCACCAACGGCCACAGCCACAGCCACAGCAAGAGCGACUCGGAGCACAGCACCGGCGACGACGAUGAAGAGUCAUUCCUACAACAAUGGCGAGAGUCCAGACGGCGUGAGCUGGAGAACGAGGUGCGGGCACCAGUUGUGCGGAACCGGCGGACGUCGCCAAGCAUGAGGAUGUUCGGCCGCCUCGAUGAGGUAGAUGCCAUGGGGUACCUGGAUGCCAUUGAGAAGGUCGGCCGCGAUACUGUCGUCGUCGUUCUGGUCUACGACCACGAGUGUCCUGUUUCAGCAGCGAUCGAGGCUGCUCUCAACCCUCUUGUGGGCACAUACCCCAUCAUACAUUUUGUAAAGGUGCACUACGAGGAUAUCGAGUUCGACAACGCCGCCGUACCGGCCAUCCUUGCCUACCGCAACCAGGGCGAUCUGAUUGCGAACCUAACGGGCAUCAUCGAGCUGAUUCCCGAAGAUGAAGACUUUGACAGCAACUCAUUACUCAAGCUGUUUCACAAGCACAACAUUGUUUAG